AUGAAGUUCCAGGUCCUCUCCGCCGCCGCCAUUGUGGCUUCCGCCUCCGCCGCGCCCUCUCUGGUCGCCCGCCAGAACGGCACCAUCCCCGACGGCACCCCCUUCAACCUGGUCUCGCUCCGCUCCGGCUCAAACCUGCAGUACGCCUCCUUCUCGGCCUUGCGGGGCGGCCUGUCCCUCAACGCACCCGAGCAGGGCGCCACCUGCCUCAACGGCGAGCAGAACUACGCCACCUUCACCCUGAGCCAGGGCGAGCUGCUCCUCUACACCCCCGACACCGUCGAGCAGAAGCUCUACACCGACCGCUCCGGCAUGGGCCAGGGCGUCCUGCAGUACUCGACCCAGCCCGGCGGCUACCUGCCCGGCCGCAACAGCGAGACCAAGGGCUGGGUGCUCGACCAGUACAACGACCUCACCUUCGACGGCGCCAGCCUGAUCGCGUGCCCCUCCAGCAUCGCCGGCGCCUACUACGUCUGGGUCAGCGCGGGUUUCGCCACGCCCGGCUACAACCAGAACUGCACCGGCAUCGCUGCCCGUGCCACCGUCGCCACGGAGCCCAACCCCUGCACCUACACCUUCACGGCCGCCUCCAACUCGACUGCUUAA